AUGUCAAAUCGUAUUUAUAAACAAUUUGAUCCAUUUGUUUAUCUUACUAAAAAUAUUACAUAUCUUUUAUCUUUAUGUGAACACGGUGAUCUACAUUUACGUGGUGCAUGUGCAAAUUUACUUGUUACAUUAAUUAAAACAACAAUUCAUCUUUUAACACUAUCAUCAUUAUCAAAUUCAUGUAAUAAUUCUUUUAUUAAACAAUGUUCACUUGUAUCAACUGAUUUACAAGACAGUUCAAGUCAUGCAUUUACAAUCAUAGGAAUUAAAUUAUUAGAAGAUUCUAUUCAACAUACUACAAGUUCCUGUAUUCUUGCUAAAUUUGCUCUAGCUCAACUUAUGAAUGAUAUUGAUUUUCGAACAUUAACUUAUCUUGAACAACAACAAAAACAAUUAAAACAACAGUACCCUGAUAUACGUGUUCGUCAAGCAAUUGCUUCGACUUUUGCUAAUCUUAAAAAAUAUAUUAAUAGAAGUGAAAGUGAUUUUCAAGCUGCUGUACUCAAUUUACUUGUUCAAUUACUUUUAAAUCGUCAUUUUAUUUAUUAUGUUGCUGAAUUUCUUGUUAUGUUAUCACAUGAUACACUUCAUUCAAAACAAGUUAUUAAAAUACAAGAUUUAAUAAAACAUUAUGAUUCAUUAUUAGCAAGUGGACAUGAGCCUGAAACACAUGCUUUGGCAGCAUUAAAAGCAGCUUUAUAUGAUUUUUUUCUUGAUUUACGAUUGUUAACAGUUAUUGUUAAUAGUGUUCAAAUUGAAGAUGAUAAAUGGGAACGUCUUUCACGACAAAUUGUCGAUUUACUUCUUGCUCAUUUACAAUCUCAGAAUGAUGUUUUAUCAUCAGUUAAUGGAACACGAGAUGAAACUUUUAAAGCAUGGUGGUCACCAAUGUUAACACCAUCAUCAUUAAUAACACAUUUAUCUAUAAGUAGUCAAUUACAAUCUUAUUGUGAUUUAAUAUGUCAUCAUGAAUUAUAUGUUGAACAUUUUACAUCAAUAACAACACAUUAUCAAUUAUUAUUAUUAUUUUUUAUUUUAUCUUAUACAUCAUACAUCAGUUGCAAUUGUGAAACAGAUCAAAUAACAUCAUGUUGUACGUUACCGAAAAUACUAUUAUCAAUAUUUGAAUAUAUUUAUCAACGACAUGGUUUAACUAUAUCAAAUAUAUUAUAA